AUGGCGAUAGCGAAGGUUGCCCUUGCGAUGCUCCUGGUUGUUGCACUCACCUCAUCAUGUGCACUAGCUGAUCCCGGGAGCCACGGCGGAAACGGAAACGGAAACGGCGGCGGCAUUCUCGGCAGACUCACGGGCGGAAACCUCACCGGCGGCUGGGGCGCGGGCGGCGUAUUCUCUGGGAUCACCAGAAUCUUUGGGAACGACACCGUUCCAGGCGCCCUGGGGGUCAUAUUCGGGCGGAAAGGGGGCAACGGGAAGGGCAAGGGGAGGGGCAGGAUGGCCCGAAGCCUGGCCGCUGUAGUGACGUCAAACAGGGUGAAUCAGCAGUGGGUAGGCAACGGCAAGGGGAAGGGGAAUGGGAGAGGGCUUGGGUGGGGUAAGCGCGGGAAGAGCGCCGGUGGCGUGUUGGCGCAGCUGAGGGGCAGCAGUGUGGCGGCUGAUGCGCUGACAGCCCCUGGCGAUGCCAACGCCACUGGCGUCCUUGAAAUCACCCUCCUCCAGAACGGCACGGACUACGACGUGGCCUUCACGGCGCGCAUCUCCCUCUCGACUGACGCUGCGCCCACGGCGCUCACUCUCAACAGCGGCAGCGCUGGCACCACCGGCGCGACUCUGCUGGACUUUUCCACGGCCACGGGCACUGACGGCGCAUCCCCCCCUGCGUGGACCAGCGCCGCCUCGCCCUCCCCUGGCAGCGGCCCCAUGGGGCGCGCAUGGGGCCGCCUGCAGCGCGCAGUGGGGCGCUCGGCGCGCCUGGCAGGGCUGCACACAUUCACUCUCACGGGCGUGUGGCGCGCUGCCGCCACCGUGGCUGCUGCGGACGGCGUGCAGACGGUGAAGGACGUGGCGCUGGCGGUUGUGGCGCAGCCCCGCGCCUUCUAUGCUCUCGUCGCUUCCCCCGGGUUUGAGGCCGGCGCUGCUAGGGGUCAGUUCCAGAAGGCACCCAAAGGAUGGGCGUUCGGCCUCAGGAAGUGA